UAACUAAAAAUAUAACCUGAUCAUCUUUAAGAUUUUGCUCAGACCCACAUUUGCUCAACCAUAUAUUUUCAGUCUCCUACACCAACAAAUUACUCUCUCUGUGUCUCUCCCACAAUAAAGUUGAUAUCAAUGGCAGCUUUUUCAUAUGAUAAACACCAUCCAUUUCUUGUUGACUCUUCUUCAUCUCUUUUCUUGUUUCCAAACACAACCCCUCCUGCCAAUCCUUCUCUAGCUACUAUUACUCAUAAUCACAACAGUACUCAUAUGUCUUGCUUUUUAGAGCAAUCCAUCUACAAUAAUUACAGCCCCUGCCCUUCUCCUCAUCACCACCAUCCAUUUUCUGAUCAGCCUGAUCCCACGGUGGACCUUUCUUGCUCUGUUAAUAUAAGUAGUACCACAAAAGUUAGCAACUGCAGUAACAAUUCUAGUUCUUCUGCACUAACUGCUCAGCAUCAACCUGUUAUUAAUCCCAUGGAUAAGAGGACCAACACCUUUCAAGAAUCUCACUUAAAGCAGAAAGGCAAGAAGCAGAGGAAAGAAAAUACUAGUAGCAUCGAUGAAGCCUGCAUGAAUACGAUAUCCGAAGAGAAAUCGACGAAUAAGAAGAAGAGUAGAAGAUCAGGGGAGGGUGAUAAGAAGAGGAAUGGGGAAGAAAUAGAAAGAAAUGAACCUCCAAGUGGAUACAUUCAUGUGAGAGCAAGGAGGGGCCAAGCCACAGAUAGUCACAGUCUAGCUGAAAGGGUCAGGAGAGAGAAGAUUAGUGAGAGGAUGAAGCUGUUGCAGGCUCUUGUACCUGGCUGUGACAAGGUAACUGGCAAAGCUCUUAUGUUGGAUGAGAUUAUUAACUAUGUGCAGUCCUUACAGAACCAAGUCGAGUUUCUUUCCAUGAAGAUCGCUUCUGUAAAUCCCAUGCUCUAUGACUUUGGAGUGGACUUGGAUGCAUAUAUGGUCAAACCGGAGGUACAAAACCAGAGUAGCAACUUGGAAGCAACACAGCAGACAGAUGUUCAUCCACAAGCCCAUGCUCAGGCCACUAACAUGUUCAACACAUCUGGUGGCUAUUCAGUUAUGGACACUUCGACUUUACAUCAACUUCAUCAGGUUCAGAUGUCAAAUAUCAUGUCUCAACCUCAGCUGUUAUGGGACGUCGACGGAAACAGACACAGAAAUAUUAAUCAUCCCGGUUUCACCAACAACUUGUCUUCUUAUCAUUUGAACUAGAAACAUCAUGUCAAUGGAGAUGGAAGAGCUGGUUCAUCAUCAUCUCAAAACCCAUGCAAGCCAGCUCGAUCUUCUCUACGUAGGAAUAAAGUAAGGGAAGGCAUAUAUGAUGAUGGCAGCUAAGCUAUCUAUCUGUUAGUAUAUAUGAGUAUGAGCAGUUAGUGGAUAAGAAUGCAAGAGGAGUAAAAAGACAAAGAAAAUGGGACAUUUGACAUAAAAAUGAGAGAUGACCGACCGAAUAAAACCCUAAAUCUUUUGAAGAUGCCUUGGUUCUUGUUUCUGUGUUGGUUCCUUGUCCCAAUUUAUUUGACCCAGUCUAUCAAAAUUCAAACACCUGCAUGGAGCACAAAUUCCUGGACCUAGCUCUAGCUACACUUUCUCCCUUCUUUUUCAUUUGUGUUGUAACUUACAAUUAUGUAUGAUGAUGAUCACACAAGACUAGUUGAGAUAUUGUUGUUGUGGUUAUGCAGCUAAUAUGUUAUCUUUGUAUAUUAAUCCCAUGUUGUUACAGUUGUAUUCUGUUAUCUUCAGACUACUGUUUCUUUCUUUUACCUUAA